AAGCACUAUUUUCAUGCGUGUAUCAUACAAUUUGUCAGAGUUCAUUCAGAGGAUACCCGAACAGGCUUUUAUUUUGAAGGGAAAAAAUCUUCCGGUUUUAAAGAAAAGGCAGGAACUCCGCCUCUGCUUGUUUUACAGUUCAUGUGCAGCAGGAUGGAUGCUGAAGAAAAUCCAGACGAAGCGACUCUCGACCCAACACAGAAGCCCAGGAUGUCCAGGAGCCUAAACACAAUAUCCCAGAGGUUUAUCAGGCUGCUGCAAGAGGCCGAGCACGGGGAGCUGGACCUUAGAUACGCAUUCAGGGCUCUGGGUGAGAAGAAGAUCAGAAGAAUCUACGACAUCACAAAUGUGCUGGAGGGCAUCGGUCUUAUUGUUAAAAUAUCCAAGUGCCACGUUAAAUGGGUUGGGACACAUGAUGAUAACAGACUCGUACGGCUGAAGUCUGAUCUCCAGGACCUGAGGUAUGUGGAAAGCAUACUGGACCAGCAGUUGAUCUUGGCUGAGGAGAGCAUCAAGAGCCAAACGGAUGCCUGGAAAAACCGGACUUAUGUGACCCAUAACGAUAUCUGCAGUUGCUUCACUGAUUUUCUUUCAGGUCACAUUCUCUUGGCAGUAAAAGCCCCAGCGGGCACUCAGCUGGACGUCCCCAUUCCCAAAGCUGUGCCGAACUGCCCAGCAAAGUAUCAGAUCAAUCUGAAAAGCAUCAGAGGACCUAUAGACGUCAUCCUUCUUAACAAGAGAACUGUCAGCUCUGACCCUGUUGUAUUUCCAGUUCCACCGCCUGAAGGAAUGUUGCAGUGUGCAAAGUCGGCUAUGUCUGUGUCAGAAAAUAAAGAAAACAAUGAUGGACUCUGUGAGGCAUCAGCUUUUACCUCAAAAAGCACUCAGUCUGAAUGGAGGACUGAAAAGGAUGUGCAGCCACUUCAAGAAUCAUCUUUUAUGAGCGCUAACCCCAACAAAAAGGACGAGUCUGUGUGUAAAAACAAUUCAAAAGAGCUGUAUAAUCACAUGGAUUCAUUUAAAGAUGUAAUUAAUGUAGAUCUAAUCACCCAGUUCAUGCCUUCAAAAGUGUUGUCUCCAAUCGUCCAGCUGUCGACGUCUCCAUUUAAGGCAUAAAGGUCACCAUAUUCUGAUGAGUGGUCAGAGUUUUUGGGCAUCAACUCCUGUAUUGUGGUGUUAAGAUGAUGUAUUUUUUUGUUUGUUGUUUCUGCAUUAUUGUUCUUUUAACAAAUAAAGCUUGAAUUUCA